AUGUCGUCUUGUGUAGUGGUGUGUCCAACUGAUCUCCACGACUCUUCUCUUAGGAGCUUGAGCCCCUUCCCAAAAGUUACGUUACAUUCACCACCCGACUCCGACUUUUUAACUCCUAUCAUGCCAACCACUUUUAAAGCAAAGAGUCCUUUAGUCCUUAAAAAUGCAACUGAAAUGGAGAAGAAAGGCAAAGUGCACCCGAUCGUUCCAAUAUUCAAGAAAGGUGCCUUCCUCAAAAAUUUGAAUGACAAGACAAUAGAGGACUCUCCACUUUCUGAUCGAGUCAAGGUCGAAAGACCUUCAUUUUCAACGUCACCUCUCAUGUCAAAAAUGAAGAACCCAUUUGCACAUAUGAGAACGAGCUCAGCAACUUUAGAACAAUCCGCAGUCAAAGUGGGGACGAUUGGAGUAUCACCAGCAACUACUCCUUGGGCCGUCUAUACACCAGUUCAUGCAAAGAGUGAACACAGUGCAAUUGAUGAUGUCAAUCGAAUGAAAAUGACGAAUUUCACUUCGCGCAGUCGUUAUAAAUUAUCGCGCAGUGCAGAGUUGGAGAAGAACAAGAUGAAAAGGAAGGUUGUACCUCAAGUGAUGUUCCCCAAGUUAAAAGAGUCACAUUUGUUCGAUGAAGUUGUCGUGAAGAAGAAUGACGACUUCUCCAACUUAACAUUCGCGUUGUGCCACUUCGACCAAAUAAAGAACGAACAGAAGACAACGAUGAAGAUCACUUCGUUCGCCGAAGAGGACAACAACGUCUGUUUUAUGAUGUAG